AUGUUGCACUGGCUUGUGCUGCUCUCGCUCUCGCCGCUGCUGUUGCAACAAAGUGUGGCACUGUACGAGGCAACGAAUGUGAAGAAGUCGCCGCUGUUUAGACGGAUUGCAUUGGCCACCAUGACGGGGGACUUGGCCAUCUCGUUGGCCAUGUUGGGAGCACACAUUUGGCAGCGACAGCGACUGAUGAAGUUGCUCAAUGGCUUGACGAGACUAGAGCGGAAAAUCCAAUUGAGUUGGCGUCUCUCGUUGCUGCUUUGGGCCAAGUUAAUGCUCUCACUCUACGAGCUGCUCUGCAAUGCGCCUUUUCUGCUGCAAAAUGCCGCUCAGCUGCCAGGGCUGCAACUUGUGGCCUAUGGGUUGCAACUCUACGUGCAACAUGUGAGCAGCGUCUUUGGCAACGGCAUCUUUGCUGGCCUGCUCUUGAUUCUGGCCAACAUUGAGCAACUGGAGCUAAAGUGGCAACAACUUUAUCAGCAACAAUCAAAACUCGCUAAGCUGCUGAUUUUGGAGCAACGUUUGCUGCGAGUCUGUGAUGAUUUCAUUGCCGUUUUCCAGCUGGGUAUUUUUCUGCUGGUGAUUGGCAACUUUAUCAACAUCCUGGCCAACAUGUAUGCCUACAUGUUCUACUUUGUCGAGCAGCACGGCAUUCCCUUGACCAUCUCCAACUAUUGCCUCAUUGUGGCCAUUCAACUCUAUGUCGUCAUCCUUGCCACACAUCUCUGCCAGCUGCGGCAUCAGCGACUUCGCAGUCGCUGCCUGGAACUCUGCUAUUCACCUCCAGAAAUGAGCCUGGAACAGGCAGUGCUACCAACUCCAUUGAUUUUGUGGCCUUUAGAUAAACUUAAGUUCUCCGUUUUGGGAAUGUUUAAUUUGGACAACGCGUUUUGGCUAUUUCUCGUUUCUUAUGCUGCCAACUUUAUUGUCAUUAUUCUGCAGUUCACUUUGGAGCACAUCAAACGUUGA